UCCUAAACCACAGCUCAAAGCAGAAGAGGAAGUAGAAGAAGAAGAAUAGAAGAGGGAAAAGAAGAGUUGAUAAGAUAAAAUGGUGGUGGGAAGUAUCAGUCAUGAUAUCGAGACUCCAUUGGAGGCGAAGAGACUGUGGAAUGCCUUUGUGAAGGAUGGCCAUAAUCUCCUGCCAAAGCAAGCACCAGAGCUUUUCGCAAGCGUCACUUUCCUGCAAGGCGAAGGAGGUGUAGGAAGCAUCAAGCAAAUCAAUUUCACUCCUGCGAACAAGGAUUUCAGCUAUGUGAAGGAGAAAGUGGAGGAAGUGGACGAGGAGAAGUUUGUGUAUCGCUACAGCCAUGUUGAAGGAGGACUGCUGGGAAAGAAAGUGUCAUCUGCCACAUACGAAUUCAAAUACACCCCAAAACCAGAGGGAGGAUGUAUUUGCAGCUCUGUAGUCCAUUUUGACAGCCUUCCGGGAGUUCCUCAGGAUGAAGAGAAAGUGAAGGAGAUUAAGGAAAUGAGUACUGCUCUGUUCAAGAAGAUCGAGGCAUAUCUCAUCGCCAAUCCCAAUUUGUACUGUUAAACCUAUCAUACGACGAUGUAUAGGGUUUAGGGUUUAGGGUUUAGGUCUGGCAGUAGAGUCUGUCGUUCUCGUAUUAGGGUUCUAUUUUGUGCUUGAAUAAAAUGUCAAAUUUGCCAACUUCCUGUGUUCACAUCAAGGACUGAAUUUGACGGUUCCCCCUGCUUGUAAGUCGAUAUUGUGUGUCGGUUAUCCAUACAAAGGUUUUCAAAUAGAAAAGUAUGUUUCGUUUUCUAAAAA